AUUCCCUCCAGACCCAUCAACUGCCAGAGCCCAACUGACCUUGUAGAAUAGAAGCAGCCCCAAUCCAAAACUUCCAUCUUCCAGUUUUGUAGCCUAGAUUGGAACUCAGAAGUGUUCUCCUAUCUGAGAAGCAAUAUGCCACCUGCACUCUCUCUCACAACAGCCCAUCUUCCUAUCUGCAAGUCCCAGGAGAUCUCCAAAGAGAAUAAUAUCAAAACCCCUCUUAGAGGAGAGAAUCCAAAUCAGAGAACACUCCUAGAUGUCAAUCUUCGCAGAAGGAAGCUACUAAAAUCUGCUGGCCUGGGACUUAUAGGCACUGGGUUUGGUGCAGUUCGGCCAACAAAGGCUGAGCCAGAAAGCCCUCAAGCUUCUACUUCCAGCAGGAUGUCGUACUCGAGAUUCCUGCAGUAUUUGAAUGAAGGAGCAGUGAAGAAGGUGGACCUGUUCGAGAAGGGCACCGUUGCCAUCGCCGAGAUCUCCAACCCAGCCCUGAAUAGAAUCCAGAGAGUCAAAGUGGAGCUGCCAGGACUGCCGAAGGAGCUGCUGAGGAAACUGAAAGAAAAGGAUGUGGAUUUUGCUGCUCAUCCAGUGGAACCCAAUGUAGGACUUGCAAUCCUGGAUUUUUUGGUGAACUGGGGAUUCCCUUUGCUCCUUCUUGGAUCAUUGUUUCUGAGAACUUCAUCGGCGAAUACUCCGGGAGGCCCCAACUUGCCUUUUGGCCUGGGAAGAUCUAAAGCAAAGUUUCAGAUGGAACCAAACACAGGAAUCACAUUUGACGACGUAGCCGGUGUUGAUGAAGCAGAGCAAGACUUCAAGGAGAUUGUUGAGUUCUUGAAGUCCCCAGAGAAAUUUGCUGCUGUGGGAGCAAGGAUCCCAAAGGGUGUUCUUCUAGUUGGGCCACCUGGAACUGGGAAGACAUUGCUGGCUAAAGCCAUAGCAGGGGAGGCAGGGGUUCCUUUCUUCUCCUUGUCAGGUUCUGAGUUCAUUGAGAUGUUUGUCGGUGUAGGGGCUUCGAGAGUUAGGGAUUUGUUUAAUAAGGCAACAGCAAAUUCUCCAUGUCUGGUCUUCAUUGACGAGAUUGAUGCAGUAGGAAGGCAAAGAGGAACUGGAAUUGGAGGAGGAAAUGAUGAAAGAGAACAAACAUUGAACCAACUGCUUACUGAAAUGGAUGGUUUCAGUGGGGACAGUGGAGUUAUUGUAAUUGCUGCGACGAACCGACCAGAAAUUCUUGAUUCAGCCUUGCUGAGACCAGGAAGAUUUGACAGACAGGUGACGGUCGGAUUGCCUGAUGUCAGAGGAAGGGAAGAAAUACUGAAGGUCCAUAGCAGCAACAAAAAGCUUGACAAGGAUGUCUCUCUCAGUGUCAUAGCCAUGAGAACACCAGGGUUUAGUGGUGCAGACCUAGCAAAUCUGAUGAAUGAAGCAGCUAUUCUUGCAGGAAGAAGAGGCAAAGAUAAAAUAACAGUGAAAGAGAUUGAUGAUUCAAUCGAUCGGAUUGUUGCCGGCAUGGAAGGAACCAAGAUGACAGAUGGGAAAAGCAAGAUGCUGGUAGCCUAUCAUGAGAUUGGGCAUGCCAUUUGUGCGACACUCACUCCUGGGCAUGACCCAGUGCAAAAGGUUACUCUAAUUCCCCGGGGCCAAGCUCGAGGUCUUACUUGGUUCCUUCCAGCUGAUGACCCAACUCUUAUAUCAAAGCAACAAAUCUUUGCUAGAAUAGUCGGAGGCCUUGGAGGUCGCGCAGCAGAGGAAGUAAUAUUUGGUGAAUCAGAGGUCACUACUGGUGCAGCUGGAGACUUGCAGCAGAUAACGCAGAUUGCAAGACAGAUGGUCACCAUGUUUGGGAUGUCUGAGAUUGGGCCAUGGGCACUGACGGAUCCAGCAGUUCAAAGCAGUGAUGUAGUAUUGAGAAUGCUGGCUAGGAAUUCGAUGUCCGAAAAACUUGCAGAAGAUAUUGACAAGUCAGUGAAAGCAAUAAUUGACAAAGCUUAUGAAAUUGCAAAGACUCACAUAAGGAAUAAUCGAGCAGCUAUGGACCAGUUGGUUGAGGUGUUGCUAGAGAAGGAAACUCUCACUGGAGAUGAAUUCAGAGCCAUUUUGUCCGAAUUCACCGAUGAUGAGGUGGACAGAAGCGAAAGGCAACCUGCUACUGAGCUGGUUGCAGCUUGAGUCAUCCAAUUCAUGUAUACUGUAGUUCCUCAUGACAGAAAUGUAAGCCUGAUAUUGUUAAAUAACAUGAAGCCUGUUUAGCAGUAAAUGCAUUGUUUA